AUGCUGGAUGCUGCGCCCCGCUCCGCGCUCCUGGAGCGGCGGCGUCCCGCGACGGGUUCGAGAUUCGAGAUGAAUCUGCGAGGUGGCGCUGAGCGGCUGGGCCGCGCGGCGGGGGGCGACGUAGUGGCGACGGGGCGGCGGGGGCCGGAGGGCGCCUCGCCUCGCCUCGCCGCGGCGGCAGCACACCGCCCGCCGCAGCCGCGCCGCCGCCAGCGCGCGCCGGCAUGCCCCACUCCCAGAGCGCGCCGGCCACUGCAGCCCACGGCGCCGCCGCGAUGGCCACCGUCGACGAGCACUACCACUUCGGUGAGUGCACGCCUUUCUCGCCGCUUUACACGCAGCCCGGUGUUCGCGCCGUGCGCGCAACGCGGCCCCAGGGAGCGACAGUCGAGUAUGCGACAAAAG